AUGUCGGACGUCCAGGAACGCCUCAAGAAGCUCGGCGCCUCCGCGCGUAUCGGUACGUUCGGCAAGGGCACUCCCCGCCGCAAGAUGAAGCGUGCGCCCGCGCGCUCUGCUGCCGACGACAAGAAGCUCCAGGCUGCCCUGAAGAAGCUCAACGUCCAGCCCAUCCAGGCCAUUGAGGAGGUCAACAUGUUCAAGUCUGACGGCAACGUCAUCCACUUCGCUGCUCCCAAGGUCCAUGCCGCUGUCCCCGCCAACACCUUCGCCAUCUACGGCAACGGUGAGGACAAGGAGCUCACCGAGCUCGUCCCCGGCAUCCUCAACCAGCUCGGCCCCGACUCCCUCGCCUCGCUCCGCAAGCUCGCCGAGAGCUACCAGAACAUGCAGAAGGAGGGUAAGGACGGUGAGGAGGACGACAUCCCCGACUUGGUCGAGGGUGAGAACUUUGAGAGCAAGGUCGAGUAA